CUGUAGACUCUGCGGGUCGGCAGUCUCUGGUUCCUGGGCGGGAACCGGCCUACUUUGUAGUUGAAACCAAGAUCGCUUCAUCCAUGGUUGAUAAGGGUGGAACCGUCCAUGUUCUUCAAUUGGCACUACAAAGGAUAAAACAACCGAAUAGUAACAGCAAUGGAACCGCAAUUGAAAAUCCAGCCACUAUUGCGCCUCCUCCUACCAGUGACCCAUCGCUUCCGGCUGUCACAGUACACUUGUCACACCAUCCCAGAAGAGCAAGAUUGGCUAGCCGAAUAGAAGAAUUAAGGCAGUAGCCCGAAUUGGAGGAUAAAAGAAAUUCAUAUGGGUUUUUACAGCUUUCCAGUCGCCUCAAUAAUCCCAA